AUGUGGCAGAAAGGGGAGAGCACAGUGGACUCCACAUCAAAUAAACCUUCAAUCCAUCCUGAUGUCUUUGCCUGGAAUAUAACCUGGAUUAUGAAAGACUCCUCUCCAUUCCCCUCUCACCGGGGCCGAUACGGUUUGGAGUGCCAUUUUGAUUUCCCCUGUGACCUGGAGUACUCCCCGCCACUACAGGAAGACAGGGGCCUUCCCUGGACCUGGCGCCGAGUCACUGCUGAGGAGGCUUCCCGGAUGAACCUGCCAGAUGGGCCUGAGGAAGAUCGUGCUGAGGGGCUUCGCAGAGGCUCAUUCCUCUUCCUCAACGUCUCAGAAAACACCCAGCACUCCAUUCUGAGCCCCUGGGUGAGAAGUCACAGCGAACACUGCAUCUUGGAGGUGUCUGUGUACACUGCACGCCAAUCCACAGGAAGAUACGUUGCCCAGAUUCUGCCCUACGGGGAAGGCAGCAAGGAGAUGCUGCUGGAAUCGACUACAGAAGGAUCCGGCUGGGUGGUGCUUCGGGGACAAAUUGGACGUCCGGAGAAACCUUUCCGCGUCUCCUUAGACUACAUCUCAAGUGGAAAUAGAAGCCUGUCUGCAGUGGACUAUUUUGCACUGAAGAACUGUAGUGAAGGGAUGUCACCUGGCUCCAAGAUGGCCCUGCAGAGCUUCUUCAACUGCUGGAAUGGAACCGUGAUAGCCCUGGGACAGGCGUGUGACUUGCGCAGAGACUGCAUUCAUGGAGAGGAUGAAGGGGAGCUAUGUAGAAAACUCCCCACUGGCUUUUACUGCUCCUUUGAAGAAGGAGGUUGCGGCUGGACCCAGGACCCGCCCGCUCCUCAUGCUCCCCAGUGGCAGAUCGGGAAGCUGGAAGGAGCCCAAUUCUCCGCUCAGCAAGGCUACGCGCUGCUGCUCAACACCAGCGAUGCUCCAGCUGCUGAGAGCACCGUACUGACCAGUGCCGUGUUUCCCGCGCCAUUGAAGAACUCUCCAUGCCAGGUCCAGAUGUCCUGGCUCAUCCAUGGGUUCUUGGGGGGAAAUGUUUCCCUGCUGCUGGUGGAGAACAAAACGGGAAAGGAGCAGAGCAGGAUGGUCUGGCAUUUUGCAAACGGCGAAGGUUUGAGUACCUGGCAGAGGAUGGUCUUGCCUCUCUCUGAGGUGUCAGACAGGUUUUGGCUCCAGAUUGUCACAUGGUGGGAAGAAGGUUCAGAUGCUGUCAUUGCUUUUGACAACGUGACCCUCAGCCUAGACUGCUACCUGACAAUCAGAGGGGAGGAAACCACCCCGCUAGACUCAGCUCCCAACUCAAGCAAUCUGUUCAACGAGAGAAACAUGUACAAGAAGGCAGCGAUGGAGACCAAGACUUGGGAGUCUGCGCAUGGAGAAGUCCCCGUCUCUGACCCUACAGCGCACUGGUUGUUCACCACAUGUGGGGCCAGCGGGCCCCGGGGCCCGACCCAGACACAAUGCAACAACGCCUACAGGAACUCCAACCUGACCGUGGAAGUCGGGGCCGAGGGAUCUCUGAAGGGCGUGCAGAUCUGGAGAGUUCCAGUCACUGACACGUACAGGAUUUCGGGAUACGGGGCAGCUGGAGGGAAAGGCGGGAAGAACACCAUGAUGAGAUCGUACGGGGUGUCGGUGCUCGGGAUAUUUGACCUUCAGAAGGGUGACACCUUGUACAUCUUGGUGGGACAGCAAGGAGAAGAUGCCUGCCCUCAUACAAACCAUGUGAUCCAGAAGGUCUGCAUCGGAGAGAGUAAUGUGAUUGAAGAGGAAAUCCAAGUGAACCGAAGCAUCAAUGAGUGGGCAGGAGGAGGAGGCGGUGGGGGAGGAGCCACGUACAUAUUUAAGAUGCUGGACGGGGAGCUGGUCCCUUUGAUUGUUGCGGCAGGAGGUGGUGGCCGAGCGUACAGGGCCAAAACAAACCCGCUGCACCCAGAGAGACUGGAAAAUGACUCCUCCGUUCCAGGGCUGAACGGCCAUUCAGGAGCCGCAGGUGGCGGAGGUGGCUGGAAUGAUAAAACCUCCCUGCUCUGGUCGGGAAAGUCCUUGCUGGAAGGUGCAACCGGAGGAAAAUCCUGCCCCCAGGCCAUGAAGAAGUGGGGGUGGGAGACAAGAGGGGGUUUCGGAGGGGGUGGAGGGGGGUGCUCCUCAGGUGGAGGAGGCGGAGGAUAUAUAGGGGGUGACGCGGCUAUGGACAAUGACCCCGAGGUGGACGGGGAGGAUGGGGUGUCCUACAUCAGUCCACUGGGCAUCCUGUACACCCCGGCUCUGAAAGUGAUGGAGGGCCAUGGGGAGGUGAACAUUAUGCAGCACCUGAACUGCAGCCACUGCGAGGUGGACGAGUGCCACUUGGACCCCGAGACCCACAAGAUUAUCUGCUACUGUGAUCACGGCACAGUGCUCGCUGAGGACGGGGUCUCCUGUAUAGCGUCUCCCACAACGUCCCCGCACCUGCCCCUCUCACUAAUCCUGUCGGUCGUGACUUCUGCCCUCGUGGCUGCCCUGGUCCUGGCCUUCUCGGGGAUCAUGAUUGUGUACCGCCGAAAGCACCAGGAGCUCCAGGCUAUGCAGAUGGAGCUGCAGAGCCCUGAAUACAAGCUGAGCAAGCUCCGCACUUCCACCAUCAUGACCGACUACAACCCCAACUACUGCUUCGCGGGCAAGACCACGUCCAUCAGCGAUCUGAAGGAGGUUCCUCGCAAACACAUUGCCCUCAUCCGGGGUCUGGGCCACGGUGCCUUUGGGGAGGUGUAUGAAGGGCAGGUUUCUGGCAUCCCCAACGACCCCAGCCCACUGCAGGUGGCAGUAAAGACGCUGCCCGAGGUAUGUUCAGAACAGGAUGAGCUGGAUUUCCUCAUGGAAGCACUUAUCAUCAGCAAGUUCAACCACCAGAACAUUGUGCGCUGCAUCGGGGUUAGCCUGCAGGCCCUGCCUCGCUUCAUCCUCCUGGAACUCAUGGCUGGCGGGGACCUGAAGUCCUUCCUCCGUGAGACCCGCCCGCGCCCGAGCCAGCCCUCCUCUCUGGGCAUGCUGGACCUGCUCAAUGUGGCACGGGACAUCGCCUGUGGUUGCCAGUAUUUGGAAGAAAACCACUUCAUCCACCGAGAUAUCGCUGCCAGGAAUUGUCUCUUGACUUGUCCAGGUCCUGGAAGAGUGGCCAAGAUUGGAGACUUCGGGAUGGCCAGAGAUAUCUACAGAGCAAGCUAUUACAGGAAGGGAGGCUGUGCGAUGCUUCCAGUUAAGUGGAUGCCCCCCGAAGCCUUCAUGGAGGGGAUCUUCACUUCCAAAACAGACACAUGGUCCUUUGGAGUGUUGCUGUGGGAAAUAUUCUCUCUUGGAUACAUGCCCUACCCCAGUAAAAGCAACCAGGAAGUUCUGGAGUUCGUCACCAGUGGAGGACGGAUGGAUCCACCAAAAAGCUGCCCUGGGCCAGUGUACCGGAUAAUGACCCAAUGCUGGCAGCAUCAGCCCGAAGACAGACCCAACUUCGCCAUCAUCUUGGAAAGGAUUGAGUACUGCACCCAGGACCCAGAUGUAAUCAAUACUGCUUUGCCAGUAGAAUAUGGCCCACUGAUUGAAGAGGAAGAGAAGGUGCCCAUGAGACCCGAAGAUCCCGAUGGAAUCCCUCCCCUCUUAGUAGCCCCUCAGCAAGAGAAAAAGGAGGAGGGGUGGGCUCCUCCCGCUCCUCCACCCCUACCCACUUCUGCUGCCUCUCGCAAAGCAAUGACCAGGGCGGCUGUGGCCGAACCCCCGCCCCGCGUCCGCAAGGGGCUGGCUGUGGAAGGAGGACACGUCAACAUGGCGUAUUCCCAGUCCAAUCCACCGUCGGAGCUGCACAAAGGCCGGGGGUCGAGAAACAAACCCACCAGCCUGUGGAACCCAACGUACGGCUCCUGGUUUACAGAGAAACCUGCCACCAAACACAAUCCCCCGGCAGAGAAGGAACAGCCGCCUGAGAGGGGAAGCACAGGUCAUGAAGGAAACUGUCCUGUCCCACCCACCGUGGUGACUGGCAGGCUGCCAGGCUCCUCCCUGCUUUUAGAACCAUCGUCCCUGUCUGCCAGCCUGAAGGACGUGCCUCUGUUUAGGCUCCGCCACUUCCCGUGUGGGAAUGUCAACUACGGCUACCAGCAGCAAGGCUUACCCUUGGAGGCCACCAGCGGUUCGGGCACUGGCAAUUACGAGGACUCCCUCCUUAGAAACAAGAGUAGCGGCUCCCAGCCCGGCCCCUGAGCUGGCUACGCUCUCGCUUCUCCCCCAGCUCUGGGGCCCUUGACUUCUGUGGUGGGGAGAGAGAGAGAGAGAAAGCAAACACCGCUACCUUUCGAUUUGUGCCAACUCGCUCUAAAGUGCCACCUACAAAAGCCGUGGUGUCGGAAUGCACGGUGAGGGUUGUGAGCCUGGGUUCUCCCCCUACUCCGGGAGAAUAUAUCCUAAACAGAAUUUGAGUGCUGACUGCAAGGCCCAGAUUUGGUUGCAUAAGCCUCCAUGCAUGGUUGUCCCGCACUAAUGCCGUGUGUGCUCUGCUUCAAAGUAAGGGUAGACUAGCUGCCUCAGUGUUCCAUAGUUUGGGUCGCCGGUGUUGUUUCCUUACCUCGUUGUUGUCAUGUUCCAUCCUGGGGAGCAGGGUUGGGGAGGGGCUGAGGGAGGGGUCCAGCAUUGUUAGCUAGGGCAUCAUUUUCCUGAGACAAAAAAAAACGUAGACAAUUGACUUUUAUAAGUAAGUUAGGAUUGAGGCAUUUCCCACUGCACUAGCCCCUCUGAGGAUACGGAAAGGCAGGAAGUGGCUAAGGUACUGGCGAAGAAGUUUUAUACUGUCACUGGAAAGAUGCUUCCAGUGGCAGACCAAACCAGUAUAAAAAUUCAAGGAUGAAAUAUACCUUAACAAGCCCCACCCCUACCAGAAGAAAUCACAAAGUAUCAAAAGAGUUUGAGGUUCAUUCACUCGUUCAUAUUUACUGAGUGCUCACUGUGUGCAGAGCACUGUACUAAGCACUUGGGAAGUACAAAUC